CGGUUUAAGAAGAAACAAAAUCGGAAGCCUCGUUUAAUUGCAAACGCCGUGAAAACGAUUGUUUUGGGUACAAUUAAAGUGGCGGAUGAGAACCCAGCUAAAAGUCGUGAAUAAUUCGAAAUAAUAUUUUGUUCUUUGUUGGUGCUGAGAGAAUCCAUGUUCUAACCUGUCCUAGCAAGGAAAAUCGAAAUCGGAUCAGUCCUUGGAUCACUGCAAAAUGGCAGCGGUUAUUCGCCUCAAAAGACGGGUGGACGAAGAUCCAUUGAAUGCAUUUGUACUAAACUGUAAAAGGCAACGAACGGAACCCGAUAAUGGUUUGUUAAAUCCAGCCGAAACUGGGAGCGAAGCUACUGGUGAAACAUCAACGGUUCUUAAGUUCGCCGGAACUUUUACCAGAGCAGACAAUAUUUCAUCGCACCUGCAGCAACGCCUAACGAAAAAGGAAGCCGAAGAAGCCAUAUCACGAGUUCAUCAUCCUACAAUCGUGUCACGAAACCGGGCGGUUGCUCGUCAAAACGCACAGAACAACCGUUUCCGUAUAGUCAAUUGUACCCGCUCUCUCGAUCAAACUGACGGUGCCGAAGGAACUACUAUCGUCGAUGUCGAAAGGGAUCUCGUUGAUUCUGAAUCAGCAGCGGCCACCCAAACAGCCUCUGGAUCCACACAUAAACCACCACAGCCUCGUGCGGCUACUCGGGAUGAACCGGACUACGUGUAUGAUUUGUACGUUGCCGACGAGAGCAGUCAGCAGACGCACCUUCCCUACAUUCCGGAAAACUUGGACGACAUCAGUGUUGCUAUUUACGACGAUCCGCUUUAUUCGAAUCACCGCGGUGGUUCUACGGGCGAUGAAGACACGGAAGAUUCCAACGAUGAAAACAACUGGCGUAAUGAUUAUCCGGAUGAAGAUGACGAUAUUUUCGGUGAAGCAAACAGCGUUGGCGAAGAGGAGAUACGACGAGCGGUAGAAGACUUUGAUUUCGAGGGAGAUCGAGAAUUAUCAUCAGACGACGAUGACUACACUGGCGUUGGAAACAGCAGUGGGUUUGCCUAUCCAGCGAAUGAUGAUGAUUAUGAUAAUGACGAGUAUUGUGAGGAGGAUAAUGCUGGACUAAAUCAAGACGAUGUUGAUCGGUUUGGGACGGCUUAUGCUAAAUAUAAGGCGCGCGUUAUGAAGGAUAUGGAAAAGACCGAUUCCGACCAGUACGACUCCGAGAUUGACUGUAGUGGUGGUCGAUCAUCAGCCAGCGAUAGCAGCCAACGUGAGAACUUUGAUCUCUAUGAUUGAUUUUCUGAUAAG